AUGCACUUGGCCAAGCUUUUCUCUUAUCACAUGGAAUCCUACAAGGAGCUCACUUGCGAGUUCUUAGCUUCAAUGAGGUACCACAUGUAUGAAGAGGAAGAUAGAGCUGAUUUGGACCAAGGAUUGGGAUGGAUCACGUUCUUGGCUAAGGGAGAGAAGAGAAUGGUGACCUUUAGGCAGCUGGAAAUCUUGUUUGGGUUCAACUAUGGAGAGGGUACCAAGUGGAACUUCAAGGAAAAGGAACUCCAAAGGGUUUGGGCUACAAUCGCUGAUGGAGUGUACUCUUCCUCAAGGUCCAAGGCAGCUCAGAUCAGGAGCCCAGUCUUGAGGUAUGUGCACAAGGCACUUGCCAACACCUUCUUUGCAAGGAAGGCGACCGGGACCAUCAACGAGGGGGAACUCAAGUUUCUUGACAUGGGAAUCAAGCCCAUUCUCUCACGCACAAGCGAUGGCAAGAGGAUAAGGGGAGAUAGAUCUGACACAGGGAACUUGAUGCCUUUCCUUGACCAUCUCCUUACCUACAAGAUCACAGCCUACAACACUAGACAUCAACGAGGGAGGCGUCUAAGUGUUGGAGGACUCAUCACUCCUAUCUUGUGUGCUGCUGGAGUGAACCCAACUGAUAGGAGAGCCACUGAACCAGGUUGGAUGGACAUCAAGUUUUGCAAGACCAACCUUCUCAUUGAGCACAAGGAGUCCAUUUGCAUUAUAUUUUGUUCCAUGGACACUCAAGAUGUCUUUUGGAGCAUUCUGGAGCAUAUGGGACAAGGAGCAUGGAGGGACUUGGCACAUGGAAGCAGCUCAACUGGAUACGCAAAGGAAGAAGGGAGAAGCCAUCUUGAAGACCAGCUCGACCGUCUACUCGACCAACCGGUCGAGUUCCUCAACUCGACCGGCCAAGCUUCAACUCGAUCGAGCUGA